GUCUCACCUUCUUCCCGAUAUGUACACUUCCAGCCCACAUUAGCAGCGCCGUACGUAUCUACCCGCUUGAGCUAGACCGAGAUAAGACAAAUAUAUGACGGCGCACCUGAGAGCGAGCUCCGGUGGCGGCCAAUCAAGCGGGGGCCAAGCCGGUGUAAAUCUCGAUUGCUUUCAAAACUGGGGACAGAUGUAAAACUGGAGAUGAUAUUGAAUCAACCUAACCUAGGUAGGCUUAUCGUGAAUCUACUGGGUUAGAUAGUAGAUAGUGGUGUAUCAUAUCUUAUGCUUUUCCUGAACCAUCAUCUCAAUAUAUAAACUAGGGGCCCUUGAAUGAUGUAUUUUAAAUAGCAUCUUCCCACUAGAAAAAGAACUUGCGCUUUGAACUUGAUAAACAUUAAUUAGCACGAAUAUUGUUUCGCGCGCCUCCUGUUGUUGAUGUAGCUGAACCGAAUUUCCUUGCUUUUUUAAGUGUCUUAUUGAAAAGCCUUGCUCUCCUUGAAGUCACCUAUAAGACGACAAGAUACCUAAUUCUAAACCGAUUCCUUCAAAGAGGAGGGGGCUGGACAUGGCUUCGUCUUUCAAGCCCGCUUCGCCAAUAGCGCAGGAGAUACUGGCUAGUGAUCUGGCUGAAUGCUCCGAGGAUGAGAUAGUCGAUGAUGCCUUCGAUGACAGGUCCGAGUCCGAGUUUGAAACUGAAAGUGGACCUGUCUUAUAUACGCAACCUACUGGAAUGGCCUUUGGGUAUAGACGACCGAGUCUUGUAACCGACCCGGUCAGCGAACCUAUUCUUACCAGAGCCGUAAAGAGGCAGUCUCGUGAUGCUGAACGCAGUUUGCUAAGAGACAACCACAUCAUUCCACCUAAACAUAUCCCAGAAGAACGGCCCGGGACAUUUUCGAGGCUGUAUAAGGCCAUGUUCAGCACCAAGAUUCGCAAAUUGCCAGAAGAUGACGAGGCCCCUAGGAUCACGGCUCGACCCUCCGAGACCUCACCUCUACUAGCUGGCACUGUAGGGCCGUCGGCCUUACACCAUGAGAACCUAAAUGAGCAGUGGGAUGCCGCGGUGGCCUCUGGGAUGAUAGAGACCACCUGGCAGAGGGAGGCCAAGACUAUUGCGAUUUAUUCGCGGUCGUUAAUCUUGACAUUUCUAUUGCAGUAUAGCAUCAAUAUCACUAGUAUUUUUGCCGUCGGGCGGAUUGGAAAAAUCGAGCUGGGUGCCGUGAGUUUGGGCACCAUGACAGCGAAUAUUUGCUGCUACGCUCCAAUGCAAGGCCUAGCAACAAGUCUGGAUACUCUCUGCGCACAGGCAUACGGAUCUGGCCACAAGCAUUUAGUAGGUCUACAGCUCCAGAGGAUGACUUACUUCUUGUGGUCGCUCGUUGUCCCUGUCGCUGUGCUGUUCUUCUUUGCCGAGGAUAUACUCCUCCUUAUUGUCCCCGAACCGCAAUCUGCCGAACUAGCCGGUCUCUACCUUCGUGUUAUUAUCGCAGGCGUGCCCGGCUUUGUCGCCUUUGAAACAGGCAAGCGGUUUGUCCUAUCGCAAGGUUUGUUUAUUGCAACAACCUAUGUCUUGUUGAUUGCGGCUCCCUUAAACAUCCUCAUGAACUGGCUUCUCGUUUGGCACUUCGGAUUCGGAUUCGUCGGUGCGCCUAUUUCUGUUGCGAUAACGCAGACAUCAAUGCCAUUCCUCCUACUCGCCUAUGUAUUCUUCGUAGACGGUUCCCAAUGCUGGGGAGGCUUUACCCGACGUGCUCUCAACAAUUGGGGUCCUAUGAUUUGGCUCGCCUUGCCCGGCAUGGUGAUGGUGUUGGCUGAAUGGCUUGCAUUUGAAAUCCUUACCUUGGCAACAAGCCAAUUUGGAACAUCUUACCUCGCGGCACAGAGCAUCUUGAUAACUCUGACGUCAACAACUUUCAAUAUUCCCUUCCCCGUUUCUAUUGCUGCUUCUACGAGGAUUGCUAAUUUAAUAGGGGCUGGGUUAGUCAAAGCUGCCAGAACCUCAGCCAAAGUUGCAUUCGGAGCAGGUUGUAUUAUUGGAUUGUUGAACUUGAGCUUGCUCGCGGGUCUCCGUUAUCAACUCCCCCUUCUCUUCACCCGAGAUGAAGAGGUAAUUGCUAUAGUGGCGACGGUCAUGCCGCUUGUGGCUGUAAUGCAGGUUUUCGAUGGCCUCGCAGCUGUUGCUCACGGGUUGCUUCGUGGUAUCGGGAAGCAGUCAUUUGGUGGUUACGCAAAUCUGUCGAUCUACUAUCUCCUCGCGUUGCCCAUAUCUUUUGCCACUGCUUUUGCACUUGAUUGGAAGCUUAUAGGCUUGUGGCUGGGAACUACGAUAGGAUUGGCCCUAGUUGCUGCAGUGGAGUUUUGGUAUACUUAUGUAUCGGACUGGGAGCAGUCGGCUCGGGAUGCCGAGGAUAGGAAUGCAGCUGGUUGAACAAUGUUUUGAAUACCUAAUGUAAUGUUGGAGAUGUAGUCAUAUUGUAUGUUUAAGUAAGGGAUAAAUGUAAUUGUGUAACCUAGGUACAUAUCAGACUGAUUGUGUUAGGUACAGGUAUGAUUGCGAAGGUCCCCCUUGCUCCAUACUAUCUUUCGAUGAUAAACGAAACUUCUUGCCUACAUACAUAUGUUACAUAACUACAUAGGUUAGGUCAUAGUACAUACGUAAGAAAUUCAAUAC